AGCAAAAGGGAGCAACAGAAUCUCAAUCAAUUAUCAGUCUCCUUCUCUUCUCUUCGGCGGGCCCAUUCCUCCUUUGUCUCUGUUUUAUUCUCACCAAUAAAGACACCAUUUUUAGGGACAGUGCUGCUGCCAAUCAAACGCCUGUCCCUUCCCCCCCCCCCCCCCCUUUUCCACUGUCGUGUGGUUCCCCUUUCCUUCGCAGAAUAAACACAGAUAUUAUUUCUGAAUCUUCGCCACAGAUGCAGGCUUUCGCAGAUAUUGCUGAGAUCAAUAUUGUCUGCUUUGAUUGACAACUAAAUAAGAUACCGAAGGAUGUGGUCAAUUCCUCAUUUCAUGAACAAACUAUUGAAGGCGGUUGAAGAAAAUCUUGAUGAGUAUGCUGAAAAUCACUUUAACUUUGUCGAUUCGUACACCAUCCAGCAGCCGCCAAACAACCAGAGCAGAAGUUCAGUCUCGUCCUACUUUGUUGAUGUACCUCACAUAAAUCAGGAAAGCACAUGGGAUUGUGGUCUUGCUUGCGUUCUUAUGGUUUUGCAAGUUGUUGGUGUAUAUAACUGUACUAUUCAAGACCUAGUAGAGCUAUGUUGUACUACAAGUAUUUGGACUGUAGAUUUGGCAUAUUUGCUGCAGAAGUUUUCUUUAAGCUUUACAUAUUGCACAGUUACAAUAGGAGCUAAUCCAGACUUUUCUGUCGAGACAUAUUACAAGGACCAACUGCCAAAUGACCUUAGACGAGUAAAUAUGCUUUUCCAGGAAGCUCGUGAAUCUGGAAUCAGUAUAGAGUGCAGAUCAGUUAGUGCGAAAGAAAUUUCUGACUUUAUGUUGUCUGGAAAGUAUGUCGCUAUUGCUUUAGUCGAUCAGCAAAAAUUAAGCAGUCAGUCUCAGCUUGAGGAUAUUUGUGUCUCAGAAUACUAUAGUGGAGGCCCCAGCUACACCGGUCACUAUGUUGUUAUUUGUGGCUAUGAUGCUGCUACAGAUGAGUUUGAGAUUCGAGAUCCUGCCAGCUCAAGUAAGCAUGAGAGGGUUCCUUCAUGGUGCCUUGAACAGGCUCACAAAUCCUUUGGUACUGAUGAGGAUUUUCUGCUGGUAAAUUUAUAUGUGAAUUUAUAUGGUCAUACUUUUGGCAUCUGCUAUGCUUCCAAUAUAUUAGUCUCCUUGCUGCCUUUCAACAGAAGUAAUCAUGCGGCCAUGGUUUCCCACUCCCUGCAUCCCUCAAAAAUAUGAACUUUUUGAAGGGGCACGAGUUUUAAUGCUCAAUUGGUAAAAUAAGAGAGAUAGAACGGAAAAGUGAUUGAAGUAUUAUUAGUGUAGAAUGGGUCCCACGGAAAAAAUUGAAAUAGUUCUUGAGCGAUGGAGGGCGUAUUAGGUAAAACAGAGGUAACCAGGAAAGGGGUUCCUGUUUCAAGAUUACAUGCUUGUUUAUUAUGUGUUAUGGAGCGCAAGUUAGCUUACUCGUUGUGCAGAUUUCUGUCGAGAAGGGAGGAGCUCAAGGCAACCCUUUAGGAAUCUUUUCAUUGUAAUUGGUGGAGAUGGGAGUUUCAUGGCGUAUAUAACUAACUGUAAGGCCGUUGUCUGAAGAAAAUGUUGAUUGUUUCAACCACUCUUUGGUUGAUAACAUAACAUGCUUACUUAAUCUCCUGCGCAUUUUAGGCAUUUCUUUUAUCUCUACAGGUUUGUAAUUAUAAAUAAUCCAAAGUAUUAUGUACUAAAAUGCUGUAAUGUAUCUGUAGUUAUGAAAAUGAUUCAAUUCUUGGUC